GGUCCCACCAACCCGCACCGCCACAACAGCUGGGGGAGGAUUUCCGACCCAGUCACAGCGAAGAUGGUGGAAACUAGAGGAGUGGAGAUAUUACCUUCGCCAGGAUAAGACGGAAAAGCUGCCGCAAAAACUCCCGCUGUGGCUCUGUUUGUAUUCAGCCCCCCUCAAACUCCAGCAGAGAGCUAUAUCAGGGGGGAGAAAAGGGAGGCAACCAGCGGCGGACGGAAGAGGACGCACCACAGCCAGAGCGCACAGUGUUGUGUUUGUUGGACACAUGCAUGCCAGCGAAAACUAGUGCAAUCCAGAGACCUGAGGAAUUGGUCCAGAUAAGGAGAUAGUGCAGUUUGGUGGGAUUGUUUUUUUGUUGAGAAUCCCACCGAGGAGAUAUCCAAGGGGUUUCCUUCACUGCUCUGGGGAUUUUCUACUUCUUUGCUCUUGAGGGGAGGAAAUCCAGCCUCAGCUCCAAAUAACCAGAGACUCCUAACUGGGUCUCCUCUCCAAACGCAGGAAAUACGGCCUGGGAAAAAAAAGUUUGGGAGCUUUUGGAAGCGAGAGGGGGCCUAUCGCUGACGUUUUGCACGCGUUUUACGACGUGAUUUUUAAGUAGCCUAGACUACAAGCGCUUCUGUUAUUUAAGGGAUUGAGUUGAGGGAAAAGCAUUCAAAUGUUACACGCGUUGGUGUUGUUAUUGCAAGAGUUUUGAUCAUCACUAUUUAUAGACCAGCCUGUUCCGACCGAGGCUGUUCCUCAUAGCUGUAUAUUUUGCCAACUGCGCGCAACAAGUUGCAGACACUCCCAGCAGAGGCAAACCUACACUAAUUUGGGCCAGCGGAUGGUAUUUUCUGCGCUUCUCUUUUCGGAUUACGCGUCUUUGAAUAGCGCAUACCCCUCCCCGACCCCCUCUUUGGAAGGCAGAGGGGGAAUAAACGGUGGAGAUCCGGAGAGGGAGUUCAGGAAAGGACGGGGCUGGAUCCGUGGGAAUAGGCCUGCCUGUCAGGCCUCUCAUGAUCUGGAUCUUGGACUGGACAGAGCUCCCAAAUAACUCAGUCUGGACUAUUUUCAUGGGCCCGCUGGAGUGUAGAUGGAAGGAGUAUAUAUGGGAAUAAGACAUGCAAAUCCUUAGCACACUGAGCCAUGCAUGAGAAGGGAUGUAGUGGAAGGUAAAGCCGCCUUAAUUACAGAUCACCCACUUUAUUUUUUAAUUAGCGGAAUUAGGAGUUUGGCCACAUUUUAAUAGGGCAGUCAUUUGUAAGUAAAACUUUCACAGCACAUAAUCUACUCAAUGUGAAAUAAGAUUAGUCUUAAGUGAGGACUGUUUGAUAUUUUUUGGAUAUUUUUGUUGUUUUAUGGUGGAAAAUCCAAACUAUCCACACAUUUUUAUUUUGGCACCUCCUGCUGUGUAUACGGAUAAGAUUUCAGGGGGUGUUUUUCAGAAGGGACAGGAGGUGUAAAUGGACCAUUUGACGCGCAUGUUGCGGAGAUAAGAGACACAGUGUAACUUUUGUGGCCACUUGCUGUGCACAACGCCAACUGUUGACAGCCUCUAUCUGUAUCUGCUCCUGCAAUGAAGCCCUGGACCUGAAGGCUAUUUUUUUUCCACGCAAAAGCAAAAAACGUUAUUUCGGAAUGCAGAAAAAAUCUAGGCAUUUUCCUUAACGCUGUCUGACUUUGUAAUGUCAGCAGUAUCGAAAUAUUGCGCACAUCCAGAGGAAGUAAUUUCCAGUCAUGUAACGUCAGGAGCGACUUGAUGAAGGCAUAAAAAACCCCGUUGCAUCACUAACCAGUCCUUUCCGAGAAGGAUGUUCAAUUCAGGAGGCAGAAAGAGUGAUGACAGUGUUUUUACCGCAGCUGGAGAGAAAGCCGGGCUCAAACCCAGAGCCUCUUUGGAGAAGGAUACAUGUAAUGUGAGUACUGACGCAAACCCGGGGUCGGAUAAUGAACUGCUCAAGAAACUGGAACGGCGCGUCUUGUGUGAGUGAGUGUGCAGGCUGCUGUGUGCGUAGCAAAGACGUCUGUGCCGUGCUCACCAUUCAUGCACUGUAAUUAUUCCAACAAACACCUUUUGCUCUCUCUUUCUCUGUCACCCCGCCUGUCACUCUCCCACCGCCUCCUCCUCCUUCCUCUCCGUGCCACAUGUGCACACACGGCGCCCACGCACCGCGUCUAAUUGUCUGAGCGCCAUCACAAGAUAUUAAUAUUUAACACCUCUCCCCGCGCGCCCUCGUUUUCCCUCGUCACACCGGUCAAUAUGGCCACUCUGCAACAUCACCGGCAGCUUCUCAUGCACGGCACGGAAGUGAGCUGCGACUCCAGCGGGGAUGGCGCCGUGACCGUGCGGAUUACCAACAGCGCGCCACACGUGCAUCAACAUGAGCCUCUGAAGGCUGCCAGCAGUGGAGCAGGAGGAGGAGGAGGAGCUGGAGGCUAUGGGGCUGUGGGUAAAAUGAACCCUAACCUCCACAAAUACAGUAUCUCCUCCACCUGCAGCUCAGCAGACUCCAGACCGGCUGGGACCUCCACUUCCAGGGUGCAGAGGAAGGCACCACCACUGUUUGAACGCUCUGCUGCUCAGUGCUGGGACCCCAAGUUUGACUCCCCCAUCCUUGAAGAUGCGUGCCAAGAGAGGUGCUUUCCUCAGACCCAGCGGCGCUUCCGUUAUGUCCUGUUCUACCUGGCAGUGGCAGCUGUACUCUGGGGGGUGUACUUUGGAGUCAAUAGUGAUCGCUGCAACCCCGUGACCUUCCUAGCCCCUACGGCCUCCUUUUUAGUCGUCCUAGUGCUCCUCUUUUUUUUCACCCUAACCCAGCCCUACACAUGGCUGUACAACCAAACCUCCUUGCUCCUGAUCGCGGUGACCUUCGCCAUCACUUUAGCUCCACAGAUACAGACUGCUGGCUACACUGAGCUGGAGUGGGCUGGCGGCGGGAAUGUCUCAUAUCGCUCACCAGACAAAGUAGCACCUCCAACCCCUUGCAUCUCCCCCGUGGGCACCUUUUCCCUGUGCAUGGAGGUUCUGUUGUUGCUAUACAGUGUCCUCCAUGUCCGUCUGUAUGCCUCUGUGUUGCUGGGGCUCCUGUACUCUAUAUUAUUUGAGGCAUUAGAAUGGCUACCGCUGCUUCAAAGGAGUUAUGACACUACUGGAUGGGGGACGGGGUUAGCGGGUUCAGGUGCUGAUUGGGAAGGAGACACUCUCCGCUGGCUGGGCCCAGCCAAAGCUCUGCUCCACUUGUGUGCCCAUGUCAUCGGCAUCCACCUGUUCAUCAUGUCGGAGGUGCGAUCCCGCAGCACUUUCCUCAAAGUGGGCCAGGCCAUCAUGCAUGGCAAAGACUUGGAGGUGGAGAAGGCCUUGAAGGAGCGCAUGAUCCACUCGGUCAUGCCGCGGCGAGUUGCAGAUGAGUUGAUGAAGCAAGGUGAUGACGAGGGCGGUGGUGAGAACUCUGGCAAGCGUUACUCCUCUGGUGCCUGCUCUGCCUCAGCCAUCUCAGUGGGUGGUGGAGGAGGCAGUGGAGCUUCACAAGUCCAAAGUGCCACAAGCGCCAAGAAUUACGCUUACAACAAUCACAAACGCAAGAAGACCUCCAUCCCACGUGGACAGAUAAUCUUCCGGCCUUUCAAUAUGAAGCGCAUGGAGCCUGUCAGCAUCCUCUUUGCGGACAUUGUGGGUUUCACUAGAAUGUCUGCCAAUAAGUCAGCACCAGCCUUGGUGGGACUUCUUAAUGAUCUGUUUGGACGUUUCGACCGGCUCUGUGAACUGACCUGUUGCGAGAAGAUCAGCACUCUGGGAGAUUGCUACUACUGUGUAGCUGGCUGCCCUGAGCCAAGGCCAGACCACGCCUACUGUUGUGUAGAGAUGGGCUUGGGUAUGAUCCAGGCCAUUGAGCAGUUCUGCCAGGAGACAUGCGAGACUGUCAGCAUGCGUGUCGGCGUCCACACGGGCACCGUCCUAUGUGGAAUCCUGGGAAUGAAGCGCUUCAAGUUUGAUGUGUGGUCAAAUGAUGUAAAUCUGGCCAACUUGAUGGAGCAGCUUGGCGUGGCGGGCAAAGUCCACCUGUCAGAAGCUACUGCCCGAUUCCUGGAUGACCAUUACCAGAGGGAGGAUGGGCGGGUGGCGGAGAGAGCUGGGCAGAGCGUGGUGGAGAAACUGAAGGGGCUGAAAACCUACCUGAUCUCAGGAAGGAAGUUGGACCAUGACGUGCCGUGUGGCUGUGCUCAGGUGGGACUGUCGGGGGGAGAUUUUGUUAGUGUCGGCCUGUCUACCUGUCCUCAGCCCCGCACACCGGACCUCAUCCCUGGGGGAGCACAGGCUGCUGAGCCCCUGCUGUCCCACCAACCUCCAGACAGGAUUGGGCCUCCCUGUGUGUCCUGUAGUGUGGUCUUGUCUUCGGGUGCAGAGCAGGGUGACGAUGUGGCUGUGCUGAACGGCUGCCAGGAGGAGCACAAGACCAGCAGUGCCAAAUUCAUCCCAGGUCACAGCCCCAGAGCAGCCAACGGUCUCCUGAGUCCCCCGCUGGAGGAUCCAGUGCGAGCCAGCCAGAGCUCCCUGUGCGACAUGCUCCAGGAGAAAGAGAAGAAGACCAGCACCAGCACGGGUACUGGCACCAGUCUAGGCAUGGCCGGUGGCACAGGGGCAACAGGCACGGGGAUGGACCACUCCGCCCUCAUCCAGCUACGUGCCAAGAACUUCAGAGAGAAGAGUGACGUCCAUUUUGUGGAUGUUAUCAGGGAGGACAGUCUGAUGAAGGACUACUUUUUCAAACCACCCAUCAACAAGAUCAGCCUCAAUUUCCUAGAGAGACCUCUGGAGAAGGCCUACCGCACCAGCUACAAGGAGGAGGUAAAGAACCAGGUGCAGGUGCAGACAUUUGCCAGCUCCACCUUCAGCUCCUUCCUGGAUGUUCUCCUCAGCUGUUUUGUCUUCCUGGCUCUGACACUGGCCUGUUUCCUUCCACCUCUGGUGAGCCCAGCCACUGUGGGCCAUCCGGCUCCCGCUGCCCUGGCCCUGGCUCCCCUGGCUGGCCUGUUGGAGCUGGCCUCCCUGGUGCUGUCCAUACGUAUGGCCUUCUAUCUGGAGGAGGUGAUGAACUGUACCCGCUCCCUGCUCCUGGUGGUGUCUGGAUGGGUCCCCCGUCACGUGAUUGGUGCUGUGUUAGUUUCCCUCCCUGCCAUCUCUGUCUUGUCGCACCUCACCUGCAGCGUCCACUUGCCCCUCCAGGUGACCAUGUUCUUGUGCUGCGCCACCAUCCUGGCCAUCAUCCAGUAUUGCAACUUCUGUCAGCUCAGUUUUUGGAUGCGCUCAGUCCUGGCCACUGCUACAGGGGUCGCCCUGCUGCUGCUGCUGUACAGCCCCUUGCACAGGUAUAGCUCCGCUAAUAACAGCUUGCCAGUUCAUGGACUGAACAUCUCCACAUCCAGCGAUGGCGGUUCAGUCACCCCUGGUCCUGAACCUCCCCCAAGACCUCUUGACCUUCUGGUCCCAGAGGCUGUCCUGGCCUUCUUCCUGCUACUCCUCCUGGUCUGGUUCCUCAACCGUGAAUUUGAGGUCAGCUACCGUCUCCAUUACCACGGCAAUGUGGAGGCUGACAAACACCGCGCCAAGAUCCAGACGAUGCGAGACCAGGCUGAGUGGCUGCUGGGCAACAUCAUCCCCAUCCAUGUCGCUGACCAGCUCAAGGUGACCCAGAGCUACUCCAAGAAUCACGACAGUGUGGGCGUGAUCUUUGCCAGUAUCGUAAACUUCAGUGAGUUCUAUGAAGAGAGCUACGAGGGUGGGAAGGAGUGCUAUCGUGUACUCAACGAGCUAAUCGGAGACUUUGACGAGCUCCUUCGCAAACCUGAAUUCAAAAGCGUGGAGAAGAUCAAGACAAUCGGUGCCACUUACAUGGCAGCGUCCGGACUGAACGUCAAGCAGCUGGCUGAGAAUGAUGAUGACUCUGUGCACUCUCACCUGAGGGCGCUUUUCAACUUUGCCCUUGAGAUGAUGGGCGUCCUGGACGACUUCAACAAGAACAUGCUGGGUUUUGGUUUCAAGCUCCGUAUUGGAUUUAACCACGGGCCGCUGACGGCAGGGGUGAUUGGCACCACUAAGCUGCUCUAUGACAUCUGGGGAGACACGGUCAACAUUGCCAGCCGCAUGGACUCCACCGGGGUGGAGUGUCGGGUGCAGGUGAGCGAAGAGAGCCACGCUGUGCUCAGUGCCAUGGGCUUAGAGUUUGACUACAGAGGUACAGUGAAUGUUAAGGGCAAAGGUCAAAUGAGGACCUUUCUGUACCCCAAAAGUGGGGAGAGUAUAUAUGAAGAUCGAACGGAGCUGGGCGCUGGUGUCGGAGCCUCGUCCGUAGCAUCAACAGCCAUUAAGACUUCAGGAUCUGUUGCCCAGGCAGCAGCUCCUCCUCCAUCUUCUUCCACUCCUCCUCCUUCUUCCUCUCUCUCCACACUCCCUUCUCAACCACAGAGUGCUGUAAGGCCUUCGAGAGCAGGGCCUGAGCCUGUCCACGCUAAGUCCACAGAGGUGAGGGAGGAGGGAUAUAGGGACCCUCCACACCUUCCUGGGCAGUCCCCUGCCACAGACCUUCACCUCCCUCCCCACUCUGAACUGGGCCCAGAACCUAGUGCCACACAGGGGCCCUCCCAGAUGCAGCCUGCUCCUCUCGCACUUCAAGAGGAGCAGGACGAAGAGGCGGAGGCCAACGAGCUAACAAACCUCAACGAGGAGUUUUAUGCUCGUCUCUGAUCCCUCCUCUCCUCUUCCCCAGUCAUCUGCUGCCCCCAGCUGCUGACUCUCCAGGACAGAUUGCAGGUGCGGGCAGGAUGUCCCUUCCUUUAGGAGUGGGAGAAAUGUCUUCGGCACGGAUGAAGAAGAGGGAGUUUGCCACUCCAACACAAACAGUGGCUACAGUGGCUGUAAAAAUGGCUAGUGAGGUCUUUAAUGGGAAUGUUGCCCGAGUGCUGGGGUGGGUUAGACCUGUGUUGAGCACAGCAGUGUUUAGAGGAGAAGGCUGAAAGGGGUUCAGAGGGAAGGAAGUUUUGUUGGUGUUGUUCUUGAUGUUUUUUUCUUAUUCAUUUUUGUUAUUAAGUGCCUUCAGGACUAGAACAGUGAACGAACAAAUAUGAAUACUGAACAAAGUUUUAACAAUCUUAGACUACGGAACAUGCUGUGGUUUCUUACUCCAUGCUUUUAUUUUCAAUGCAAGUAUUUCUUAAAAAAAAAUCAUUAUUGUUGUGCCAUAUCGUUUGUUUUAACUUGAUCAAAGUCUUGACCUUACUUAAGGGAAAAUUAUUUUAAGAUUCUAUAUAAGUGCCAGUGCAGCAUGAUGGGCUGAGCAGGGACAUAUGGGAAGAAUGAGGGAAUCACAUGAAGCAGUGUUAAUUUAUGUAUUCUGCUUUGACAUGAGGGCUUAAUACAGUAUUCAUUUGUGCUAGAGUCUCUGUAAAAAAAAAAGGGGACAUGCUACAAAGCAGGCUGCAUAGAUUUUAGUUUGUGUAGCAGCUAAAUGCACAUUUUAAGCACAGGUCUUGCACAGUGUUUUCUCGACCACUUGUAUUUGGUAGUUAUUACCGUGAAAUAGCUUUUAAGGACAUUUUUAACAGAGUUCUUGUCUGUCACAAUUAGUACAAUCAAAAAAAGCACAAAAUCAAAUCAGAUAAGGGAAUAUAGAUUUGGAGGAAAAGGUGGUUUUAAAAAGUGAGAUCAUCACAAAAGCAGAAAGGCACUUUAAAUAAACUCAAAGUGAUACUCCACCCAAGGUGUGUCUUUUAAGAAUGAAACAUUCACCCCAUGUAGCUCUGAAAAAUGUGUGUAAAAGGCGGUAGUUUGAUCCUAAACAGCAAAUGUGAUCCGAUUCCGCGGAAUCUGACUUCCCUGCUGUCCAUCUGUAUGUAUGCUCAGUGGGUUCCAGUCAUAUCUCCAUCAUAGCACAGCCAAAUACUUGAGUCUCACGCUGCAUCCAAAAUCGCAUACCAUGCACUUCAUACCCGAUAUAUGUAGUAUUGUUCAACUUGUGUGUGAUUAAGUAAUAUGUAUCCCUUGGACGCAAUGAGCUGUAAUUACAAAGCCACUUCCUGAGAGCCUCCUUGCCGGAGAUGUGUAACCACGAUAACCUGCGUCAACCUCAGCUCUACCUGCAAUUUAAAAAGAAUAUUUAAAAAUGUUUUACACUUUGCAAAGGGAAAUCUUGAAUUGAAGCUUUAUUGAGGUUACAGAGCUGUCUUGGUUGCUGUCAGUCAUUGUUUGUUUUGAACGUUGUCAUCUGCCGUAUUGCAAUGUGGGAUAUCUAUGCUGGCGUAGUGUCCAGUGUUUGCGCACUGUAAUAUUUCACCAGAAACAGUAUGCAAUUCACUAACUAUUAGUUUUACACUAAGUUUGGGACAUACUAUAAAAUCUCACUUACUGCUAAGGUGUAUUAAAUAGAAUGUCAGCAUUAUAAUAAUUUGGGAUGCACCCUGAGUUUUCUCAAUUGACCUGGUCUGUUUGUUCAUUGGAUCACUCCACUGGGGUUCACUCAUAGGCUAGACUGAAAGCUGCUGUGCUGCAUAAAAGAUCAAACUGCAGACUUGUUGCACCUACCUUUACCUGGAGAUAUUCUAUAUUUUUGUUGUUAAAAAAAAAAGACCAAAACCAGUACUUUCUGACUUCCCUUCCCUAUCUGUGACUCUAGUAUUUUAAUUUAUAUUUUGGGGGAUUUUUUAUGUCUUUUUUCAUUGUAGCAGGCAGUAAAGUAAUGACAGAAACAAGGUGAGAGAGAGAGAGAUGGGGAAUUACAUCCAACAAAGGUCUAAGGCCAUGCAGGAAACAGGGGACAGCCACUCGUGAGCACUGUAGUUUUUAUCAGAUGUUCCUUUAGCAGGAGUAAACAGUGCAUUUGUCAGGGGCUGUAUUCAGUGACAGAUGUGGUGUGAUGUGAGUGUUUACAGCAGCAGGACAGUGUAUGUGGAUUAAACUGCAGAGCCCAUGUUCAUUGUAAUGUAGGAACAUAUCAGCCAGUGCAACAGUGUGGCUCACUGAAGCUUUAAGGUGCAGAGGAAGAAGAUAUAUCAGCCUUUGACUUCAUUCAUUGUUGGUUUUGGUCCUUUCAUGAUUUUUUUUUUUUUUUACCAAAGAGCAAAAUACACCAGAUGUAUCCUUUAAAACCUGCAGUGGGGUGAGAGUUUGAGACUCAAAAGAUUCUGGGUGGAGUAUCACUUGAAGUGGGACUGUGAGGGACAAUCACUGUGUAGUUAUGAUAAAUGAUAGGAUGGUCCAUAUUGCUGUUGUCAAAGCACAGGUCAACUACAGUUCCUUUAGUACCGUGUUUAUAACCUCACAAUCAAAUUUAGUUCCAUUGGUUGCCUUCAUCACCAGCAGACAAAACAAACAUUGGUCAGUCCAUCACUAUAGGUUUAUUCAACAGUUAGGUGUUGUCUGCCUUUAGCUGUGUGAUUUGCUGUUGAAGGGGUGGGACUUUUAUCUUGUCACAGCCUUUAUACGGAGGGGGCCCUCUACUGUAUCGAUAUACUUAAAUUGUGCCACUUAAUUGAGUGAUCUAUAGGUGCAGUGCAACCUAAACUAGCUGAUUGUUUUGUGGUGCCUAAAAAGAAUGACUGUAUUUUUUUUUUUUUGAAUAUUUUGGUUUUCAGAAAGAUUUUUUUAUCAUGCUGUUUUCAUAAUGAGGAUAGAUUAUGAUUGUAUGUUUGAGGAAAUUAUGCUCGUUGUGCAGGUUUUGCUGCAAUUAUUUUUUGACAAAUUCCAUCUUUUUUUUUUUUUUUUUUGUUGCUCUUUUCCAGUUCUUUCAUGCUGUCAUUAACUGGUCGCUUGAAAUAGUGUGGCGAUGAUGGUGACGUUCUCAUCGAAUAGCUGGCACCUCUGUCGUUCUCUUUGCUUCUUACUCACUUCAUGCUUUUGUCUUUACUCCUCAAAGCACUUGUUCCCCCUGUACUUUGUGUGUAUGUGUGCGAGAAAGGUAUUUAAUAUCUAUUCCAAGUCAACAACAUGGAAAAGAUCACUGUAAUAUGAUGCAAAAGGAAAUCAAUCAAAUACAUGGCCACUGUUUAACUGUUGUUUUGCUGUCGCUGCCUUACCUGUAGAGGAAUUGCACUCACACAGCUGCAUUCUUUAAAAUGGAGAAAAAGAAAACCCUCAAGUCACCGCCCCACAUUUUAGAGCCAUAUCAACAUUUUGGCAAAAGAAUCUUGCCUUGAGAAGCUAUGAACACAAACGUAGACAAAGAGACAACAUGAAAAAGGAGGAACCAUCUCUAUUUAUGUAGCCAACUCCAUCUGUAGCAUUAAAAAGUAUAUUUAUUUACCUCUGCCACUGUGCACUCCAAAACAUACACAACCUGUGCCUUUUAAAUUUGGAAUAUGUUCAGUCGGCAUGAGCAAGCUGUGAUUAUUUGUAUCAAAUAAUCAUGAUAGUAUUAGUAGCAUAAAUAUCCUGAAAAUCCAAAGAAGUUUCUCCAGAACUGCCGCUCUAGAUUUAGACACAAAACAUGCUCUGCCCGCUAAAAUCUUUUUCGUUGACAUUCAAAAUAUACAUCAACAUUUGAACGCAGCGCAACUUUUUUCUUUUUUUGCAUAAUGUCUGUUCAUUUUGAUCAAAGCCAGUGUAUCUGCACAGAUGCAGAUAAAGAUUAGUCUGCUCUAAUAUCAUUUGCUAUUUGUAGAAUUAUUCCAGCAGUGGCUGCAUAGGAUCAUUUUCAGCCCAUGUUGAUCCAAACAUUUCCAAUAUCUCCAGAAGUCCAAAAGUCCAAAUUUAUUUAAGUGUAAUCAUUUCCAAAAUUCACAACAUGUUUAAUCUAAUGAAAUGUUCUGCUUCAAUCCAUGUUUGUCACCAUUUAACCUUUUAAAAACAUUGUCACUGCUGUCAGUAAAGUGUUUGCUCUCCUGCUUGCAGCACACAAAGGGAGACACACACCGGUGUUAACAAGGCGGUCUAGCAGCAUUUUAACAGCACCGUAAAUUACAUUUAUUUAUUAAAACAGUGGUUCUCAAACUUUGUCUGUCAUCCCCCCCUUAAAAGCUAAAGAAAUGUCCCCCACCCCCCUUUUUUUUCUUAUUAGGCCUAAUUAUUGACAAUUAUUGAGGAAGCAACUAACAAAAAAGGAUCCAUGUUGAAUUUUAGUGAAGUAAAGUUCAGCAUCAUAGCAUCAGUAAACUCUCAAUCAUAUUUUUUUAACUUUAUUUCAUUCCAUAUUUUUCCCCUGUGGAAUUAUGGCCCCCCAGGAGGACCCGUCCCACAUGAAAAAAAAAAUGGAUUUGAUUAAAAACAAACAGACUAAACCACCAAAAAAAAUCUCAUUUAAUCUGAAAAACCACUUAAUUCAAAUUAAGGAUUCCUUUAAGGAUUUUUUUUCUUUAUUUAAGGUGAUGGCAUCUUAAAAUAUGAUAGCAUUCGAAACUUCAAUGGAAGCUCCAAAUGUUAAAAAAAAAAAAAAAAAAAGACAUUCGAUACAGCUCACCACACAAAGUAAUGAAAAAAGAAUAUCAGACAUCAGUUUUGAAUGAAA